CACAUUGAUACACGGAUCUAUCAAAUCUAUUAGCAGACAGUAAUUUAUUUAUUAUAUAUAGAGUGCGUUUCUUUCUGAUUUAUAGAGAGAGGGGGCGUGAAGAAAGAAAGGAUGGUGGGGAAAGAUGAUGAUGGAUUGAAGUUGGAACAGAGACAUGGUAAACAGCGGGUGAGGGUUGGCAGAGUGUGGAGAUCCGCCGGGGGACGUCACUACUUUGUGGAAUGGAACGUCAGCAUCUCUCUUCUCUCUGAUUGUAUUGGUGCUUAUCUUCGUGCUGAUAAUUCCGAUAUUGUCGCCACCGAUACCAUGAAAAACACUGUUUAUGUUAAGGCAAAGGAAUGUUCAAAACAAGUUUCUGUUGAGGAAUUUGCUAUUAUACUAGCUAAACAUUUUACGUCAUUUUAUUCACAGGUUACAACUGCAAUCAUCAAUAUAGUUGAAAAACCGUGGGAGCGUAUCAGCAUAGAUGGUCAACCCCAUGAUCAUGGUUAUAAACUUGGAUCUGAGAGACAUACAACCGAGGUUAUUCUAAACAAAAAUGGCACUUUGCGGGUGACUUCGGGUGUUGAGGGGUUGGCAUUGCUGAAGACAACACAAUCAGGUUUUGUGGGUUUUAUACGGGACCAGAACACAAUACUCCCUGAAACACGAGAGAGGAUGCUUGCUACAGAGGUCUCUGCCUCUUGGAGAUACCAUUUUGAAUCUCUAUCAAGCUUUAGCAAUCAGCCAUUUAGCUUCACUGAGAAAUAUCUGGAUGUGAAGAAGGAUUUAACGGAUACUUUCUUUGGUCCUCCAAAGGAGGGUGUGUACAGCCCAUCUGUUCAGGCUACUCUUUAUUAUAUGGCGAAAACUGUUCUUGGCAGGUUUCCAGAUAUAUCAUCAGUCCAGUUGAAAAUGCCCAACAUCCAUUUUCUGCCGGUAAAUUUAUCAAGCAAAGCCAAUCCAGUUAUUGUGAAGUUUGAAGAUGAUGUGUACCUACCGACAGAUGAACCACAUGGGUCAAUUGAAGCAAGUUUGAGCCGAACUCAGUCCAAACUGUAGAUGUUUGAUGGUUCAUUUUUCAUACUCUUAUCACAUUUUAUAAAUAAUGUUGUUUUAGUAGUAUGCUGUGUAAAUCAUGUGUGUUUGCUACUCUGUGAAGUUCCAAUAAAUAAAUCUAACUAUAUUUAAUUCCAA